AUGCUGAUCGGUUCCCACUCCUGCUGCAUCGCAGUUGCAGGCGCCCCAAAGCCGAAGAGCAAGGCAGCAACCAAAAAUGCCAAGCGGAAGGAGAAGAAGGUAGACGGCGGCAAGCCCGCAGGAGUGACGGAGGCCCCCGGCAAGGCGGCUGCCAAGUCAGAGCAGGGGAAGACCCCUGCAGCAAACCCCUCAGACGUGGCGCAGCAGCUGGCAGCCUGCACGCUGGAGCCGGGUGCCCAGCCAGAUGGCCCGGCCCCAACCUCAGCCCUUCGUGCCCUGAAGAAGAAAGUGAGGCAAGCGGAGGAGCUGGAGAAGGCGCAGGCAGCUGGUUCCGUCCUUUCCCCGGAACAGCUCCAGAAGCUCGGGCAUCUAGAAGCAUGGUAUGGACCGAGGACGCCUGCCUUUGAGUUGGGGAUGCGAUGGAGGGAAGAGGCGGCUGGGGGCUGA